AUGAGCAACAGCGAAAGUUCGUUAUACGACAAGGGCAAAGAAGUCCGCAUCGCCGUGCUGGGCGAGGCCCACGUCCAGCGAUCGCUGGCCGCGCGACAGAGCGAGUUUGCCAAACCGCUGCAGGACUUUACCACCGAGUUCUGUUGGGGGAAGGUGUGGGCGCGCCCAGAGCUCGAUCGCAGGUCGAGGAGUCUCGUCAAUCUGGGCUUCAUGAUUGCCCUGCACAGCUGGCAUGAGUUGGCCAUCCACACCAAAGGAGCCAUCCGCAACGGGGUGACGGAGGUCGAAAUCCGAGAGGUCAUCAUGCAGUCCAUGGUGUAUUGUGGCGUCCCUGCGGGCGUGCAGGCGUUGAAAGUGGCUGAGACGUCCAUCAACGAAAUGAUUGAGGCUGGAGAGCACCAGCGACAGUUGAAGGAGAAGGUGUAA